AUGCCACCAAAAUUGUUGUCUCUCGACGAUCCGGAAAGACUGCAACAGUUUGUGUCACAAGCCAAGUCAAGAUUCCGAUCGCCGUCUUUCCAGAGCGCUGCUCAAAACGAGUUGGAUCCCUCAGAAGGGGAUGCGCAAGAGAGAAAUGGUGAAAUCAGUCAAAUACAGCCUAUAUCUGAACAGACUGCAGUUGACCGCGUCGUGGUUCAUCCCCAAGCGUUGUCCCCAGAACCUGACCCACCACCACCAUCGGGUCAACUACGGCGUCCAUCACCGAAACUCAGCCUAGACGUGCCGAGGGACAUUCUGGCUUUGACGCAGGGAUUGGAGCAAGUAGAUGAGUCAAGUUCAAUCUACAGUCCAAGAGCCAUCAGUGACGCCUUUCAAAAUUUCGUGCAGACGAUGGAUGGCGUUCCCUUGAAUCAAAGUAUUUGGGCUCCUAGUCAGCAAACAACAGGUCUACAACAAUCGCCGCCGGCAAGGACGUUUGGAUCGACCCCUCCAAGCACUUCGCUUCCUAACGGCGUAACAAUCAUGACUACAGAAGGUGUUCUUAGAUCCACAGUUGUCAACGUGGCAACUCAGACGGAUCCAAUAUCGCCCAGUACAUGGCAAGCUCUCGCCGCACGCGCUCAACCGCCACCACGGAAGGAUACUAAGGAUGGACGAUUGAACAAGCACGUUGAACCCACACCGAAGCCAGUACAGACAAUGCAUUCGAUCAGUCCACCAGAAGCGCCCUCUGGAGAGUCCACACUCAAGUCCAAGCCGACUUUUGACAUUAUCUUGAAAGAAAAUGUCACUCCUGCUACGAGGUCUGAUACACAGGAUCUUCCGCCACAUUUGCGCAUGAGAACAGGAAAGAAAACACCAUGCGACAUUAAGCUAGCACCAUCAAAACGAUUACCGGGCGUUCAACUAAAUUCGGCUGACGAGAAGCCUACAACAAACAAAACAGGUCCGUUCAAGGCUUCUGAUGCUUUGCACAACCUUUCGUUUGAGGUUCCAGUAGAGCAGCGUCCUUUAAGCAGGCCAUUGAUCUCCAUCCCAGGCAUCGAGACACCACCUGAAAAGGAAGAAGGGGAGACAUCUCCAGGGAUUCCUGUCUCACCGGGCCUCCUCGAAGCCAAGGCCAUGGAGUCACCCCCUGGCCGAAUACCAAAAGGGGCGUCGACUUCAAGCCAGCUCCCCUUUCUACGGAGGAGGAGGACCGAACGAACAAAUUCUGGCUAG